ACCAUCCGCAAUGGAGGAUUUAAAUGAAUCCUUAGCACAUAAUCCUAAGCAAAUACCAAUACAAUAAUAAUAUAAAACCUAAAUAAGCUAAGGAGCAGUCCUUAAUUAAGGAUUAAAAUGAAUGAAUCCUUGUUGACGUGGCCUUCUUCGUUUUCUGUAGUUUCUCUCUCUGUUGUCUUUCUUUCUCCGUCAUUCUCCUUUGAAGAUUGGAGCAAAUGGUCGGUGGCUGCUAUCCCCUGUCUUAUUCUUCUGCCGUGCGCUUGCUUCAACGGGACGGAUAAUUCUCUGCCGGCGGUUUAUCUGUCGUACGUGGUGAAGGGUGUGGAUACGUUGUUGGGGAUAGCGAGGAGGUAUGAGACUACGCUUACUGAUUUGAUGAAUGUGAAUGCUAUGGGUGCUCCUGAUGUUAGCUCCGGUGAUAUCCUCGCCGUUCCUUUGUCAGCUUGUGCUUCUAAUUUUCCCAAGUAUGCUUCGGAUUACGGAUUGAUAGUUCCAAAUGGUAGCUACGCUCUAGCAGCAGGCCACUGCGUGCAAUGCAGCUGUGCGCUUGGGAGCCGCAGUUUGUAUUGUGAGCCUGCUUCUUUAGCCGUCUCUUGCUCGAGUAUGCAGUGUACAAACAGCAACCUCAUGCUCGGUAACAUCACGGUCCAGCAGAGUAGCGCUGGCUGUAACGUGACGACUUGUGAUUACAAUGGUUUCGCCAACGGCACCAUCUUGACCAUGCUGUCUAGAUCUCUACAGCCACGAUGUCCCGGGCCUCAACAAUAUGCGCCACUUCUAGCUCCUCCUGAUACUGUUCCUAAGACCAUGAUUAUCCGGAGCUCUUAAGAGCGUUUCUUAGUUUAAUGGUCAUGUAGAAGCCAAUGGAUUUGCUACUCAGAGCCCUCGAGCUGCUGCAAUGGUCUGAGAAUUUUUGGUUUUUGACAGAGAGAAGAGAAGUUCCAGAGGAGAAUGGCCUUUCGAUUUCUAUUUUUUGUUACUGCUGUGUCGAUUUCUAUUUUGUCAGUCUCAUUGUCUGAGUUUGGAAACUUUAGUUUUGAUGGGGAAAUUGGUAACGCUCAUUCAUAACAACAAACUUUGAAAAAGAUUGAAAAAUCUUCUAUACAUAUUUGAUCAUAUUACAUGUUUUAAAUU